AUGGCGACGGUUCAGGUGGUUUCGCAGAUGGUUCAGCGCGGUGAAGCUGAGCGGCUGUUCCAGACAAUGGCGGUGGAUUUCGUCAUACCAUUACUGCAAAGUCGGCGGGUCAACUUACUGCUCUUCCAGUGCGCUUUCGUGGGUUAUGGCAUCGCCAAGGCGAUGUCUGACACCUCCACCAUGACCGUGACCUUCGCGUCAUGA